UGUUGGUUUAAAAGCUUUUUGUUUGAAUUGUUAAGGAGGUUGUUUUGCAAAAUCUUGGAAGGGCGUAAUAAUAAUUUGAUUUGCUUUAUGCUUUUUCGCUUUUGCUUUUACUUCUUUCUCAGCCUUUUUGGGCGCCUUUUUCGUGACGGCAGGUGCGUCUGCCCAGUCGCUUUCUCUUUUGCUUUUCUUGGAAUUAACAGUCAGGAAAGUGCGAAAAAAAAUCGCGUUAAAUUUUAUCGCAUCUACGCAAGAAAAAACGCGCUUCAAAUUGGAAGAAAAAAAGGUUUGUUUUUUAUUUAUGUCAGUGGACCUGAAAUUCUCUGUCGUUUUGCGGAAAAUAAGCUAGCUUUCGUUUUCCUCAACUUUUACCGUGUCUUGCUUUUUCCCUGUCAAUAAAGAGCUUUAUUGCACUUCCUCACCAGUUUUUCUCCCUUAUUUGGUCAAAUUCGUCGAUAUCUUGAAUUCUCAAAUGCUCAAAUUGCACAACAGAGGGCUUCCGUUGUGAUAAGAGCUUGUAUGUUGUGAAAGUUAAAGAAGCUCUUUAUUGCAGUUCCUAGCGUUUUUCCGUCUGAAUUCGUCAAUAUUUUACUCAAAUUUGUCAUUCAAAUGAUUUGUAGUAGUUGUGAUCUUGUUCUAGAUUAGGGUUUGUAUGCUUUGAGAGAAAAAAAAAGUCGGAAGAAAAAGAUUUUGCUUGGCAUACCGAUUUUGUUUGAUUGCCUCGCUUCCGUUGGUUGAAUUUCCUCAGUAUUUUUGCUGAAAUUGCACGCCAAGCUUUCUUUGUUUGAAUUUAGCGUUAUCUCCCCUCAAAUUGUCCUGCAAAGACCUUGACUUUGUUGAAGUUAAGUUUGGUAUGCUGUGAAAGAUUGAAAAGAAGAGAAAGUGCUUUGUUGCGUUUUCUUACCGGUAUCUUUUCAUCAAUCUCUCGCAGAAUUCGUUGAUAUCUUUGAUUCGCUUGCACUGCAAAGCAGACCUUUGUUGUUGUUUGUUAUCUUUGUUCUAGGUUAGGGUUUGCAUGCUCUGCAUCUGAAAAAAUGUGUAAAAGCUCUGCAAAUGUUGAGGGAACGUGUAAUUUCGCCAUCAAGUUGUUCGGGGCCACGAUUUCUGUUUGUGUUCGCGAUGAAUCCUCGCAGGAGGAGAAUAACGCUCGCAAGCGGCCUGCGCAGGCCGAAAUGGCUACGAAUCCUUCAAAAUCUUUGAAGAUGAUGGAAAAUCUUCACCAAAAGGGAGAGAAUAUUUGCAAUUUGAGAGACAAAGGAGCAAAGUCUUUGGAAAAUUUUCAAGAAAAAAGCGAGUCUCUCUGCAAUAUAAGCGACAGAGGAGCAAAAUCUUUGAAGAAGCCGGAAAAUUGUGAAGAGAAAAGUGAAAUUUCUUGCAACAUCGAGGCUUCUGAGCAAAAAGCCCCGCCGAAGCCCGAAAAGCCAGUGGCCUGUCCGCGUUGCCACAGCUUGGAGACGAAAUUUUGCUACUUCAACAAUUAUAACGUGAAUCAGCCGCGGCAUUUCUGCAAGAACUGCAGGCGCUACUGGACUGCAGGAGGAAGCAUGCGCAACAUCCCUGUCGGUGCCGGCCGCAGAAAGAGCAAACAUUUUACUGCCUUUCACCUCUCCAAGUCCAUGGAUUUGCAGGAUCAAAAGAUGAAACUUGAGAAUUUCGAUGAAUCCAUCGAAGCCAAGAAUUCAGAAAUAGAGGGUUCAGAUUCCGUCGGAUUUGUAAAUCCUGAUGGAAUUUCUGCCGUUUCUGCUACGGGGAUUGUAAAUCUGUUGGAUCAAAAUUCGACUCCAUGGAUUCCUAAAAUCCAACAGAAUGUUACUUCAAACAAUUUUCUCAACUGUCUUGUACUCCAUGGACGGCCUUUCAGCACCAAAUUGCAUUCUAAAUAAAUCUCAGGGUACUAAAUUGCAUACCAAAUUAUAUAAAUUGUAGGAAGUUUAUCCUAGUUCUUUCUGCUUA